AUGCCGAUGGCUGAAGCUGAGAAUACAGCAAUGGAGUCCUCGUCGCACGAUGUGCCAGAUCGACUGCCUUUCCCACCAGUGACCUAUGCCCAUAUCUUGCAUUGUUCCUAUCAUGACUGGCAUCCGCGAUAUCGUCCACUGAUUCCCAAAUCCCGACUUAUUCCCCUCACCUCUCCGUUCCUUUCAUAUCUCCGCGCCGACGGCAUCGUCCUACCACCUGAAGCAGCGCCUCCAAAGGAGCUUGGAGAUGAUGAGCUCGACGCCUAUCCAGAUGAUGACGAGGAAGAACCAGACCCAUCCAAAGAAUGGGAAGAUAUUCACACUAGAAUCAAAGACACCAUUACCGAAUUGGGCGGUAAGGUUACUCCAAAGCUGAACUGGAGUGCUCCGAAGGACGCAACCUUCAUGGCCGCAACAAACGACACACAAUGCCAGUCCCCCAAUGAUAUCUACCUUCUCCUUAAGAGCAGCGACUUCAUCACCCAUGAUCUCGAACACCCCUUCGACGACUGCGAACCGGACCAGACGAAUGGCGAAUCUACACAACUGGCCGUGCCAGAGGUACCCUACCAUCUGGUCCUCCGGCAAUACGUUAACUUCAACCCAUCCGUAGAAUUCCGAUGCUUCGUACGGAACCGCGUUCUGCUGUGCAUCUGCCAGCGCGACCAGAACCAUUUCGACUUCCUCUUCGGCAUGCGCGACAUGCUCCGUUCUCGAAUUCAGUCCUUUUUCGACGAGAAGCUGCGCGACACGUUCCCCGAUCCCAACUUCGUCUUUGACGUCUACAUCCCUGCGCCGCAUCAGCGCGUCUGGCUGAUUGAUAUCAACCCGUGGGCACAGCGGACGGACCCGUUGCUCUUCAGCUGGCUCGAGAUUCUGCGUAUGAAGGAUCCCAUUGGGUUUGAGGAUGCGGAUGUGGACGGGGCCGCAGAAGGGUUUGUUCGCAUUUCUCUGCGUGACGGUAGCGUUAUCACCCCCGAAUCCGAUGAUGAGGCGGAGAAGAGCUCGGUCGAGGAGCACAAGGCGAUUGAGGAUACUGCUGUUGGGGGCGACGACGAGCUCGCCCCCUUCUUGCCAGAAUUUCGGCUCAUCAAGGUAGAUGAUCCUGAGGCGUAUUCGUUCAAUACUCCCCAGUAUUCGGCGCAUAAGGUUCCGAAGGACGUUGUGGAUGCCUCCCUGGCCGGGCCAGGUGGUAUGAGCGAGUUCAUGGGCAAGUGGCAGGAUAUUUUGAAGAUGCAGGAGCAAGAAGACCGGGAUGCGGGCAGUGCAUCAGAGUAG